GCAACAACAAGGCCACAGAGUUUAGAAAGAUUUGUGAAAAACCAACACAUCUCUCACCUCUUCUCCCGCGUCGCCCCUCCGCACCCGGCUCACCCUGUGGUCCUUGUGAACCAGCUCUACCGGGCAAACCUAACAGGUCAGUCUGACCCAGCUAAUUAAUUUCCCCUUGAAAAGACUCCACAGCAGAUGAAUUGGGACGGAGCGGUUUCUUUUAUUCCAACAGCUAAAUGUGAACUUCGAGACGUGAACUGUUAUCUGGCCUGUUCCGUGUUGUGGCGUAUAACACUACUUGUAACCCCCCCCGAGGAGGCAGCGUCUCUAAGCAACUGGUAAAGUGGAGGCUGAAGCGAGGAUUUAUAAACACUUGAAUCCCACUGUGAUUUAUUUGGUAGGAGAAAGUUGAUCAUGUUUAAAACUGAUCUGUGAGGCAGCGACGUCUCUUCAAACUGCUCUCUAACCUGUCGGGGGAAGCAACGGACAAGAGAAGAGACAGAAGCUGUGUGAGCAUCGGUCAAACUCCAUCUGCAGGCAGACUGACGACUCACAGGGAUGCUGCCGCUGGAGACCCUCACCACCGGCCCCGUGGUGGUGGACACGGUGUCCGGAGUCACCGUUCUUCUGCUUCUCCUUCUCCUGCUGCUGCUCUUUACAGCCUGGAGCCGAACAAACCCGUCACACAUACCAGGUCCUUCUUUCCUGGCAGGACUCGGCCCUAUUCUCUCUUACUCCAGGUUCAUCUGGACCGGGAUUGGAACGGCGAGCAACUACUACAACAACAAAUAUGGCAGCAUCGUGCGGGUGUGGAUCAAAGGCGAGGAGACCCUCAUUUUAAGCAGGUCGUCAGCAGUGUAUCACAUUAUGAAGAGCCCCCACUACACUGCCAGGUUUGGGAGCAAAACAGGGCUGCAGUGCAUCGGGAUGGAAGGGAGGGGCAUCAUUUUCAACAAUGAUGUCCCACUCUGGAGAAAAUUGAGGACAUACUUCUCUAAAGCCCUGACAGGCCCCACCCUCCAGGGGACAGUGGCGAUCUGUGUGAGCUCCACUGCCAAACACCUGGACGGCCUGCAGGACAUGACCGACUCCUCCGGCCACGUGGACACUCUCAAUCUGCUCCGAGCCAUAGUGGUGGACAUCUCCAACAGGGUUUUCCUCAGGGUGCCGCUCAAUGAGAAGGACUUGCUGAUGAAAAUCCAAAACUACUUUGAGACCUGGCAGACGGUUCUAAUAAAGCCUGAUAUAUUCUUCAAGAUUGGAUGGCUCUACAAUAAGCACAAGAGAGCAGCUCAAGAGCUGCAGGAUGUGAUGGAAAGCCUCCUGGAAAUGAAAAGACAGAUUAUUAAUGAAAGUGAGAAGUUGGAUGAGGAUCUUGACUUUGCAACAGAGCUCAUCUUUGCCCAGAACCACGGUGAGCUCUCAGCAGAUAACGUCAGGCAGUGCGUGCUAGAGAUGGUGAUCGCAGGACCCGACACACUUUCCAUCAGCCUCUUCUUCAUGCUGAUCCUGCUGAAACAAAACCCAGAGGUGGAGCUGAGGAUAGUGGAGGAGAUGAACACUGUCUCCAAUGAAAAAGGGGCUGAAAACAUUCACAGUCAAAGCUUGAACGUGCUGGAGAACUUCAUCAACGAGUCUUUGAGGUUUCAUCCUGUGGUUGAUUUCACUAUGAGAAAAGCUCUGGAGGAUGACGUCAUCGAAGGCACUAAAAUCAGGAAGGGAACCAACAUCAUUCUCAACAUGGGUCUCAUGCACAAGACGGAAUUCUUCCCCAAACCCAAAGAGUUCAGCCUGUCGAACUUUGACAAAACUGUGCCCAGUCGUUUCUUUCAGCCCUUCGGCUGCGGGCCUCGCUCCUGUGUGGGCAAACGCAUCUCCAUGGUGAUGAUGAAGGCCAUCCUGAUCACCCUGUUGUCUCGGUACACAGUGUGUCCUCGUCAUGGCUGCACCCUCAGCAGCAUCAGGCAGACCAACAACCUGUCACAGCAUCCGGUGGAGGACGAGCACAGCCUGGCCAUGCGCUUCAUCCCUCGGACCACGCAUAUCGACGACAAUAGUGAAGGAGUUGGGCCUGCUGAGCUGUGAAUGUGCUCUUAAACACCAGUCCUGUGUAUUUCUAUAUGUUCUUAGAUAACUACAUUUGUGAGUCACAACAGAUAUUUUAUCUACUUUGAUCUAACUGAGACAAAUCUUUAAGAAAACAUAGGUCGUGCUAAAGGUACACAUAAUUAAUAGAGGUACAAAGUUAUAAAUACUUUUUUUUAAAAGGGAAAAUGUGUUUUUUAUAUUUUGUGUAAGCUUUAAGUUACGAUAAUCAAAUAAAUACUAAAGUUAAAUACCUGUUCUCUUGAAGCAAAUAUUAAUGUAAGAGAGAAAAGGCUGUAAGAAAAUAUUUGCAUUUUUAAUAAUAUCCUUCUUUUCCUCAAGUUCAGCAUAUUAAAGUCUGUAUUGAAUGAACAAUCAUGGACUCAAAGUCGAGGACAUUUACAUGUGUUGAAUUUAUUCAGAAGUUAGUAGAACAUAGUGACAGGCACUAAGAAAAAAGGAUUUCCUCUUUCUGUACCACAGGCACAAAUCAAACACACCAUCACGGCAUUAGAACAUAAGGCGUUGGGUUAAAGUUGAGAUUUACACGUCUCGUUUUGUUUCAGAUCAGGACACAGGCAAAAAAAAAAGGAAAAAGGUCAACUCUCCCUUCAGAUUAAAUUAAAUAAAAACAGUUUUCAAACUGGAAACCAAAUCCGGCACAGCGCAAUCAAAACAGUACAUGAAGCACAAGUUUUUUUGUUUUGUUUGUGUGAAAUCAAUAUAAAAUAUUUUCUGUAAGAAUAUAAAUCCAAUAAAUAUGUUCUCAAUACUGCUUUGAUAGAAAAAUAUAAUAAUAAAAAAAACACUAAAUUCCACCUCUCACCGAAACUGACAAACCAGAAAUACGAUCCUAUAAGAAGGGAGCAUCUACAAAACAUCACCACAAUGAUAAAUGGAGAAGAUGAUGAUCCUCACUGCUACUUUUAAGACAAAAUACGCAUUACAGAUGUAAGAAUCAAAUGUAACUGCUGCAGUUGGAGGUUAGAGGAGACAUAACGUCGUCUUUCAGACAAACAACAAUGUAAACAUCUAUUUGCUUUGAGGAAACUUCAGGUACUGGAACAUGUUUUUCUUGACAACAAACUGUAAAUAUUAGUUUGCUGGCAUAAUAUUUGAAAGAGUCGUAAAAUCCUUUGUCUAAGUCCUUACAAGAUAUUUAAAUAUUUCCACUGUGUUUCUUCCAAAACACCUGAUACAUAACAUCAGUAAAUACAACUUUAGGAUUUUUAUUCUUUCAUUUGAAUCUGUAUUGCUUGAAUAUGUGUUGACGAGAAAGUAGAAAAUGUGUUAAGUUAAUGACAGCAGUGAAAUGUUUUCAGUUACAGUACUAAAUGACAAAUUCAUCCUUUAA